CGCCUCUGCUCCGCGGUCUCCUCCCCUAUAUUACCAAGGCAGUUGGAGACAACUAGCCUAGCUUCCGACGUUUUCUUUCAUAGGAGCAAAGACUCUCCACAGCUAUAAUGAAGUUCGUUAGGUUUAUAAUGAAAAACGCCGCCUUGGCCAGCGUGCCGAAACAGAUCGAUCAUUUCUCAAAGUUUUCUCCUUCACCGCUCUCCAUGAAGCAAUUUCUUGAUUUCGGUUCCAGCAACGCCUGUGAGAAGACAUCUUUUGUAUUUCUGAGACAGGAGCUUCCUGUGAGACUGUCAAACAUCAUGAAGGAGAUUAACCUGUUGCCGGACAAGCUGCUCACCACCCCCUCUGUGCAAACAGUGCAGAGCUGGUACAUCCAGAGUUUGAUGGAGAUCCUGGAAUUCCUAGACAAGAAUCCUGAUGACUACAAAGUCCUGGGAGAGUUUGUCGACGCCUUGGUUACCAUCAGAAACAGGCACAACGAUGUGGUGCCUACUAUGGCCGAGGGUAUCAUAGAAUACAAGGAGGUCUUCCCCCAGGACCCAAUGACCAACCAGAACAUCCAAUACUUUCUGGACCGCUUCUACAUGAGCCGCAUCUCUAUUCGCAUGCUCAUAAACCAGCACACUCUUAUUUUUGACGGUACCCUCAACCCGGUCCACCCAAACACCAUAGGGAGCAUUGACCCUCACUGUCAAGUCGGAGAUGUAGUCCAGGAUGCCUUCAACAGUGCCAAGAUGCUAUGUGAACAGUACUACCUGCGCUCCCCAGAUCUGAUACUACAGGAGAUAUGUGUCAAGGAGAAGAACUAUCCAAUAAGCAUCGAAUACGUGCCCUCUCACCUUUAUCACAUGUUGUUUGAGCUCUUCAAGAAUGCUAUGAGAGCCACCAUUGAGACCCAUGACAACAGCAACAACCUUCCACCCAUUCAAGUCUUGGUGUCACUUGGAGAUGAGGACAUGUCCAUCAAGGUGAGCGACAAGGGUGGCGGUGUCCCCUUUCGAAAGAUCGAGAACCUUUUCAGCUACAUGUACUCCACAGCUCCUGCUCCACACAUCGGAGAGCGCACACGGCCUCCACUGGCUGGUUUUGGUUACGGUCUGCCCAUUUCGCGCCUCUAUGCCAAGUACUUCCAGGGCGACCUGCAGCUCUACUCCAUGGAGGGCCACGGCACAGACGCUGUCAUCUACCUGAAGGCGCUGUCCACAGACUCCAUCGAGAGGUUGCCGGUGUACAACAAAACUGCUCUGAAGAACUACAAAGUAAUGCAAGAGGCCGACGACUGGUGUAUACCCAGUAAAGAGCCCCUAGAUCUGAGCAUCCAUAAGAUGCCCAAAUGAAAAUGUGCGCUUCAAACCUACAGUACAUACCAUGAAGCCUUCAGUAUUUCUGUCUUCAUUUUCCCAUGUCAUCAUCUGUCAAGGCAGAUGUGGGCGCCAAACUUCUUUCUUCCACUGAAAGGUCCUCUCCAGAGUAAAGCAGACAGAGUGCCCUCUUAUUGUUUAGUCUGGCUUUAGC